AGCUGGGGUGCAGAGAGCUCCCAGCAGCACGGGCAGUCGGUCUGGCCUGUUGGAACCGAAACUGCUCCCUGCGAGAGGUGCGUGGAAGCAGCGACCCGGCUUGGCUAAUCUGUGGGCACUAGGGCUUUGGAGAAAUAAGUGUGGGAAGUUUGUGUGCUCUGAAACUGAAGACUGGUGAUUUAAAGUGAUUAAUGUAAACACAGCUUUGGUAGUGAGAUGACCUGUGAAGGCACUAGGCUCUUGUUCAAACGAACCGGAAAGAGGAAACGAGCGAAGAAGCUAGUGAUGGACACGGGUCAGCUUCGGCCGGGAGACCGGUGCCGUGACCGUGACCCGGCUGCCCGUGUACAAAGUGACUGUGUGACAGCUCGCGGGACAAUAUGUGGUGUGCAAGGUGCCGCGGAGGCUGCGAGGGCCCGAGAAAAGGACUGCUUAGUGUGGACUCAGCCUGUGAGGAGGGGCGCUGUGAGGACAGCCGUACAGCUCUGCCGAGUAGUGACCGUAUUUGGUUUGUUGGUGGUUAUACUGCCGGGAGUUACGGGUCAGGGACGCACUGCUCCGAUCAUCACCAUACGACAGGGAUCGCUGGAAGGGGUUCGGGAGUACGUGGACCCUCGCCAGAGGCCAGUGUUUUCUUACAAGGGCAUUCCAUACGCCACUCCGCCGGUGGGAAGCCUCCGAUUCAAGCCGCCGGUUCGCGACUAUGGAUGGAACCGGACCCAGCGGUUCGACCGGUUCGGACCCGAGUGUCCCCAGCUGGACGUCCAGGGAGUGCCCGAGCCGGGCGUCUCGGAGGACUGUCUCACGCUCAACGUCUGGAUACCGCAGGUCCCGGACGGCUUCCAGCGUUUUCCCGUGGUCGUGUUUUUGAAUGGAGAGCUGUUUUGGAGACAGAGGGCCUCCCGCUACCCUCUGGAGGAACUCAGCUCCGAAGAUAUUGUCACAGUCUCCGUCAGCUACAGAACUAACUUGUUCGGUUUCUUCACUCUGCAGUCGUCGGCGGCUCCGGGGAACCUUGGCCUGCGGGAUCAGCAGCUGGCGCUGCUCUGGGUCCGCGAGAACAUCGGGGCAUUCGGCGGUGACCCCCGCCGGGUCACCCUAGUGGGCUUCUCGGCAGGCGCAGCUUCCGUCGGCCUCCACUUGGUGUCGCCCCAGUCGCAGGGUCUGUUUCAGCGCGCUAUGCUGGUGUCCGGCUCCCCGCUGGCCACCUGGGCCCACAUGGAGGCCAGGGAGGCGCGCCGGAUUGGGCAGGAGGUGACGGCCAUCAUGGGCUGUCGCAGCGGCAGUGACUGGGAAGCGGUGCGCUGCCUGCAGGACCAGGACUUCAUGCGCCUGCUGACGGCCGCGCAGAGGAUCCUCGAGUCGCGUGGUCGGUUCCACCCGGUGUUCGCCCCGGUCACCGACUCAUUUGUCGUCUCACGUGACCAGUUUCUGCCCGAGGACCCUGACCGUCUCCUGAAGCGCGGUGACUUCGUCAAGGUGCCCGUCAUGAGUGGAGUAGAUGCGGACGACGGCGUCCUCCUGCUCUACCAGUACCCGGGCACGGACCGCCUGACGUUUUCCAACCUCACCGAGGUGCUGCGACGGGUGGUGAUCCCUCGCCUGCUGGACCAGCGGGGCCUGACGCGGCGGCGCGCGCUGCUGACCGGCGUUCUCAGCUACCGCUACGUGGACACUGUGCCGCCCGGCAGCCAGCAGCAAAUGCUGACCAGCUUCGUCAAGAUAUUCAGCGACGCCUAUUUUGUGGCGCCGCUGUACUCGUUUCUGGACCUGUACGCUCGCAGCGGUGCCGAUUUGUACGCCUACGGCUAUAAUAGAGAGGGACCGGACAUCUUCGGGAACAUCGUCUCACUACCAAGUGCCAGCCACGGCUCUGAGCUGCUGUACGUGCUCGGUCCAUCCAUGUACCGGGAUCUGGUCGGUGGAACGUACGGUGCAGUCCAGCAGAGGCUCGGUCAGAAACUGCGCACCUACUGGAAGGGCUUCAUCACCGACGGUGAUCCGGUGCGCGGCCGGUACGGGGAGCGCUGGGACCGGUACACCCUGGACCAGCCCGUGUUCCAGGACCUCGUCCAUUCCGUCUCCGUGGUCGGCUACCGACGAGAGGACGCCAGCUACUGGAACAAGUUCCUCAGCUUUAUCGCCGCCGAGAACACCGGGCCGAGCCCGACGGAGGGAGUCACUACUGAACCACUCGUGGGCUCGGGCCCGCAGUACGAGACGGCCACCUGGGUGCUGCUCGCCGUCCUCCUGCUGCUGAUUGUCGGCCUGCUGGUGGCCUUCCUGCUCACCCGCCGACGGCGCCGCCUCAAGUCGGACAUGGCGUACGGGUAGCAAUCCGCCGCGGGGCCGCACGCGAUGUACCGACGCAAUUCUCUGGUAGCAGGUUUGUCGUCAACGUCUUCACGAGCGGCACGCCGGCGGGCGGCGAGUUCCGCCUCGGCCGACCGGAUGGCGCGCAGGUCGUACCACCAGGGGGCCGCACUGGACGAGCCCGGCUCGCUCCGGCGGAUGGCCGAGCUCAGCGCGGGGGUGGAGCGGCUGGACCAGGGGGGACGCGACUCGCCGAUGUCCGGCAGGUCGGGGAGAUCGGGCAGGUCGGCCAGGUCAGGUCACCAGGUGGCAGUGGCCGGCGGCAGAGGUCGUGACCGGCAGGAGCUGGUUCUGAGGGACGCGGCCGGCUCACUGCGCCACCUGGCGGUGUUGAGCGCCGGCCGGGCGAGGCUCGACCGCCAUGCUGCCGAGCUGUCGCGAGCCUCGUCACGGGCCUCCUCCCGACCGUCCUCUCGGGCCUCGGCGAGACCCGGCUGGUCGAGAAGUCGCAUCACCAGCGCGGUUCGCAUCGAGCUGCACGAGACAGGCUCGCCCCGCCUGGACCGCUCACCCCGCCUGGACCGCUCGCCCCGCCUCGACUGUCCCUCGCCCCGUCUCGACGUUCCUCACUCCUCACGGUCGGCUGUCCUGGAUCGCGACGAGCUCGACCUGGACUGGUCCGACGGGGACGUCAGUGACACGGAGCGACCCGAGUGUGACGUCACCGACGCGGCCGAGCGCCCCGAGUGUGACGUCAUCAGUCGGGGCGGCGGCCGCGUCGGGCGGUACGGUGUGCAGCGGCUGCCCUCGGGCUACGAGGGCGAGGUGGCGCACGAGUACUGCGUGGUGGUCGAUCAUGUGCCCACUCCCGUGCCGCCGACCGCCGUCAGCGGGCUCGCCGACAUGGAGACGCUCUUCUGACGUC